UAUUACAGGGCAAUACAGAAGACUUUAGUGCCAUAGAUCACUUUAAUUAUUUAGGGCUGUAGGGCCAGUAAAAACCGCAAAAGGCGCAGGUGCACAUAGGCGGACUUUGGACCCUGCUGCAACAUAUGGAAAUCAUAAAGAUCUUCAAACCAGUAAAACUGCUCUGCUGACUCGAAGAUCAAGUUCCUCCGUGGCAAAAAUUUGUGAUAUCAGAGUGCACUUUCGUUAUCCGCAGAAUCUGUGGGGGGAAUCAGCACUUUGUGACGUAAUGUUGCCUCUCUCCUUAUCGCUGUAGUAUGCUCAAGAUUAGUUCGAAACUAUCGGCUAGGUGCAAAUUCCAAUAAUCCACUUGACUUGCCAGGAGGCAACACUACUAGUACCCAAAUCGAGCAGCUGCCGGUGUGAAGGUGAAGGAGAAGCAACCUGUAGCCAUGACCACCACGGAGAACGUGUCCACGGAGCGCAAAGCGAAUCCAGUGAAGUCCUUCCUGACCGGCGGAUUCGGUGGCAUCUGCAAUGUGCUCUCUGGCCAUCCACUGGACACCAUCAAGGUGCGCCUGCAAACCAUGCCGCGUCCGGCGCCGGGGGAGCAGCCCUUGUACAGUGGAACCUUCGACUGUGCGGCCAAGACCAUCAAGAACGAGGGCGUCCGCGGUCUGUACAAGGGUAUGUCCGCACCAUUGACGGGCGUUGCUCCGAUCUUUGCCAUGUGCUUCGCCGGCUACGCGCUGGGCAAGCGGCUGCAGCAGCGCGGCGAGGACGCCAAGCUCACCUACUCGCAAAUCUUCGUGGCUGGCUCCUUUUCCGGCCUGUUCUCCACCCUGAUCAUGGCGCCCGGCGAGCGCAUCAAGGUGCUCCUGCAGACGCAGCAGGGCCAGGGAGGCCAGCGCAAGUACACCGGCAUGAUCGACUGCGCCGGCAAGCUGUACAAGGAGGGUGGACUACGCAGCGUCUUCAAGGGCAGCUGCGCCACAAUGCUCAGGGAUUUGCCCGCCAACGGGCUAUACUUCCUGGUCUACGAGGCUCUGCAGGAUGUGGCCAAGGCGAAGUCUGAGACUGGCCAAAUUAGCACUGCCUCAACGAUUUUCGCAGGUGGAGUGGCCGGCAUGGCCUACUGGAUUCUGGGAAUGCCAGCCGACGUGUUGAAGAGCCGCCUACAAUCGGCUCCCGAAGGCACUUACAAGCACGGCAUUCGCAGUGUCUUCAAGGAUCUGAUUGUCAAGGAUGGACCGCUGGCCCUAUACCGCGGCGUGACGCCCAUAAUGCUCCGAGCCUUCCCCGCCAAUGCUGCCUGUUUCUUUGGCAUUGAGCUGGCCAACAAGUUCUUUAACAUUGUGGCGCCAAAUUUCUAGUUGGUGUAAUAAAGCUAGUGCCUCGCUAACGUGUUUUUAUAUCUUGAAA